CGCUGCCGCGUUCUGUCCUCUGUGGAGCGCCGCCAUAGCGCGCAUCCCCCCAUACGGCGUUAACUCGCCACGCGCGUCUCCACAGCUAACGCUGAGCCUGACGGAAAUCUGUGUGACGAAGGUUCUCUGAUUGCGCCGCCGUCCGUUCGUGUCAUCUCGAAAUGCGAGCUCGGAGGUGGUGAACUUGACCGACGUGCCGUCGUGCACUGACCGGGCAGCUGAGCGGUUCAGCGUGAGACGUUUUCGUUGAGUGAAAUCGAGGAGCCAACCAAAUGGAGCAGCACCGGCGCUCUAGGAGGAACAGUGUUCGGCUUCUGAUCGAGUGCCACUUGCUGCUCGCACUCAUCCUGCCCUGGACUCCACACGUCGCGUGCGGCCGUAAUGCGGACGAAGACGACCGGUGUAACCGGACCGUGGACAUAUACCAGGGUGUGGAGAGUCCUCCGGUGACCGAGCGAAACCGGGGUCGACCCCUGCACUGCACGUACCGCAUUCGAGUAAGGCCUGCUCGGGACGACUGGGUUGUCUUCGUCCGAUUCAUCCGGCUGCGCAUUGGCGAGCCGUCUGACGACCGUCAAAGAUGCGAUGGAGGCUACGUGCAGAUCGUGGACGGCUACCGAGAUUCAAACCAGUCGAACCGCGACGCUCCGGGUUUCUACUGCGGCGAGAUCGACUCGCCAAAGACGUUCAUCUCGGAGACACCGCACGUUAAAAUUGUGUUCCACGCCGACGCCUACGGAUCCGACACGUACAUGCACUUCGACGCGUCUGUCAAACAGCAAGGCGAGGUUUCUUCACGGUAUGGCCAGUACUCGCAGCUGUACCCAAACCGUCGCGGUGUGCCGGUUCCCAACACGUACUGCCACCGGGCGUUCAGGGACUGCGCCCCGGGCCGCUGUUUCGUGCAGUCGCCGGGGUACCCGGGCAUCUACCCGCGCAACCUGCUCUGCAAGUACCGCAUCAGCGUACGCCGGAACCUCGUGGGCCUAGACCUGGCGGCCUUUGACGUUGACGGGCUGCGUUGCGACAACCUGCUCAUGUGCUUUCCGAGGCCGGUCACAAGGGACUCGGAGCGGUGCCCGUACGACUACGUCAGGGUGUACGACGGGCCAACGGAGGACUUCCCGCUUAUUGCGACCCUGUGCGGCCGCGGUCGCCUCAAGUCCAACAUCGUGGCCACGGGGUCCGACAUGCUGGUGACGUUCGCCAGCUCACCGGCGGGCCCUCUUCUCAACACGGGGUUCCACUUCAAGGCGGACGCCGUGUUCGACGCAGGAGACGGCGAGCACGUGCAGCUGCGCAACGGCACCUGCCUCAUCGAGAGGAAGCUCACCGCACCCGCCGUGUUUGCGAGCCCCAGGUCCUGGUACCCUGUGAACACUACCUGUUCCUACAAGUUUACCGCACCCCCGGGGGAACUGGUGCGCGUCGAGUUCCUGUGGUUUCGAGUGGAGCGCGUCACCCUUUGCGAGGAGGCCCUGCGCAUGUACGACUCGCUGCGCCCCGACCCGCGCCACAUCAUCACCAAACUGUGCGACACCAACAAGCCGCGCACCGAGCAGCCCAGGGCUGUGUUCGAGUCUACGGGACCCGGCCUGCUGCUUCAGUUCAGCAGCAGAACGGGGAGUCUGGAUGGCUCCUCCAUCAGCUUCGGCUUUGAGGUUCGCCACAUCAACGCGGCCAUUUACGACAAUCGCGUGAGCCCGACCGCUUGCAACCGGCGGUUUGCCGCCGGCGAUGCGGACUCCCCGUCGCGAGGCACGCUGGCCGUGCACUUCUCCGACCUGGGCGCCGAGGCGGCAGCCGCGGUCGCCUGCAACUACACGUUCGACGCACGUGCGUGGCCCCAUGGCCGCGUGCAGCUCACGCUUGCCUCAGUUUUCGAGACGCGCACCGACCACUGCGACCUGUGUCCACGCGAUGGACCCGGCCGCGUGGAGAUCGUCGCCGAGACGCGAUACGAGAAGACCACCUGUCUCUGCAACGUCGGAAGGUACCGGACUCACCGGCUAGUGUCCACUGGACCCAUGCUGCAGCUGUCGCUACACCUGCGGCCAACGCCAGAAUGGAAGCGGCUGAGCGCUACUGCGCUCAAGGAUCGCCUGCUGGAGGUGUCAUUCACCUUCUACUCGGACACCCGUUGCGGUGCAGAGCGCCUGGAGCUGGAUUUGCAGGGUUCUCUGCGGUUCCCGGCCGUGCAUGCGCCUUACCGGAGCAGCCAGGAGUCCGGCUUCUCGGAAGAGGUGCUUGGCGCCGGCGGUCCCCUCUACUGCCGCUGGCAGGCACCCGUGCUCUCGAACCACGACGUCUCUUUCCGGCUGGAGGGCUUCCAUGCGCCCUCAAGCAACUGCACCGCGAACUACCUGCUCGUGGACGACGUCGUGCUCUGUCCGAACCCGCCUGUCACUCAUUCGGUUCUCUUACACCGAGAGAACAUCCUCAACGCUCAGGUUCCUCUGGAAUUCCGAUCUGCCGAUGCGGCCACGACCAAUUUCUCGCUGUGGUGGACCCAGGUGAAAAUACUGCCAACGCCGUCAACUCCUGACACUCUGGUCUCCCUAAGCAAGGAAUGCGAGUUCCUCUGCGCCACCAGCAUGGUGUGUAUCAAGAAGGAACUAGUUUGCAACGGUGUUCCAAAUUGCCCACAGCGGCUGCCCGACGCCAGCCAUCCCCAGGCUUCCUCGGACGAACUGCUGAAGACAGCAGCCGACGAGGAUGCCCUCCUCUGUGCAGCGGACCGUGCCACCGUCCAGGCCUACUGGUGGAUCAUUGGCGUGGGCCUCACGGUUUGCGUCAGCGUCCUUGUGUGCUUCGUAUUCUCAGUGUUCCGGCGAUGUCGUGCUGGGAGGCACCGCUUCUGAGUGGCGCCAGUAGCGACGCGUUGCAUCUCCAGGGAAAUUGGCGCACUACGAAGCGAUCAGUUGGCAUCGCCGGACGGUUGUGCGUAACUCUUCAAGACCACGCCUUGAGCUCAAACCGAAGACCUCAAGUUCUCUGCAGAAAAUUUACCACACAGGGGCGUUGUGCGAAUGGCUCUUUCUGGACCGCAUAGCGACGACGAAGCAAAUCGGGUUGUGUCAAACCAAGGUUGUUUAUUCUUCACUGCAAUUUCUUCGCCCUAAGCAAUGACCCGAGUGAUUUGAUGACGACGUUUGCGCAGCUGGACUCUGUCACUUUUCAUGGUUACAGAUGGUUACUGAGUGCUGCUCUAUGAUGUGUAAUAAACUUUGUUUAAAGGUACCGUGCAGCGUGCGUGUAAGGUUGAACGGUCAACGCCAAGAAGAAAACCAGCGAGGACUCAUAUAUGGUUGGUGUUUAUGUAUUCAGAGUGAUCAUAUCCGCCAGUGACUGUGUACUUUUCUUUUGCUCCGCGGGUGCUGAUGUGCCUUCAGCACAGGAAAUUUCUAAUGAGUCGAAGAUAUGUUGUACUCCAGUUCUGCACACGAUAGGUUGGUUUUGUAACCUAAGUAACAGAACUGGACAACAGCGGAAGCAGCUAUGAUUACCAAGCUGAGUGUCACGAAAAGCAGUUUGUUUUAAGCUCAGUGAUUUGGUGUCCUUGAAUAAACUACUCAUUUUCUAGCCCGGUCUUUCCACAGGAAAACUUGUGCUCGUAACGCUCGGAAGAGGACUGGUGAUUGUAUGCUCUUUCACCUAAUCUUCAUCCGUGUGGCAUAAUGCCCUAACGAUGGCCUUAAUUUCUGACAUCUCUCUAUUUAAGGCUACAUCAUUUAGUCAUUUGUCUCUGAUUCAAUUUUGAUGAACACAGUACUUGCGAAGGCACCACGAUGGGAAUUGUAAAAUAUAUAUUGGUGAGACCUAGACAUUCUUAUAACAGGACAAUUUGUUUUCGGCAUAAAAAGCGAAAUGAUAUGUGACUUUGUUAUUCAUAAGUGAAAAUGGCGGCUGAUUUUCGAGACUUGAUAACUCAGAAAUGGUGCUAGUGACAAAAUUGGUACAAAUGGCACAUACCUAGAGGGCGCGAGCUGUUAUUCUUGCAACUCCACUGUGUGUGCAAGCGUUCCUAAAAUGAUACUGAUCGGUAAAACUUAGUUUCUUAUUCAGCAGUAUGAUGAUAGUUUUGCAUGUUUAUGUCCAGCGAUCCUUUGUAUCAUGUUUAUUAAGGAUAAUCAUUUGGCUGCAGCCUUCAUGACAAUAUCUUUAGAGGUGGUCUUCGCUGCACUGUCUAUAUAGAACUGCACACACAGAUGAAAGCUAAACAGGAGCGAUUGACUUGAUGUUUCUCGUAAGUUUCCUUUUGGCUGCAAACUACCAAAUAGCAAAAACACAAAUUAAAUUACAAAAGUUGAUUUGUCGUAAUAUUCAAAGAAAGAUUUUGCAAAUAACAUCAGCGUUGCGUUGUUCAAAUAUUACCCUCGGUUUAAUCUCAGGAAUCGCGCAUGCAAUGAUUUAGAAUUGCGGUGGCUAAAGAGCGCAAUAAUCGAAGGUAUGUGUGAAAGGCCCCCGUUCAAGUGCCCCUACAACCUAAGCCGAAUCACGGAAUGCGUUCAUUCUCAGUUGAUCACGUAAUAAGAUAUCGUUUUCAGUGACCAGUGGCGCCACGGGGCCAUCGCGCUGGACACUACGUCGCGCAAGAGGGAAACUCCCCACCAAAAUGAUAGAACAAUGCAGACUUCAUCACUAGGCACCACAAGCUUCAUUUACGCGAAUUCGAUGUCCCGAAAAUAUGACCUUGUGGGUGGUAACUUCUCCCGAUACUGCUCACCGGAACGUUGCACAUCGCCAUGGGUCAUUGUCAUUCGACGUUGCAAGCCUCACCUUAAAACAAUACUCAUGAAUACUGAAGAGCCCAUAGUUUUCUUGAAUCCUGCUAAGUGUGUCUGAUAUAGGAGCGUAAUGUGCUAACAAAAUAUCAAGGCAGGUUUGAAUCCUCCUACAUGGUGCUCUACCUUCGACAGUUAACUGCCGAUGGUUGUGAACUGAAGAGUGAAGGCGAAGAUGCCAGAGUAAUAUUAUAAAACGGCAUAUUAGCUUUCAUGAAGUAUAUGUGAGUUAUCAUUUGUGAUAAAUAGAUAUAAUCGCUCAUGUCCAUCAAGAAAUCCAAGAUGGCAAUUAAGCUUCAGUUUAGCAAGAGAAUUUGAGGUUUCUUCGGGAGUUCCUUGUUCAUUAUGAGUGCCAUGUCCUGUGUGCACACGGUGUGCAGUAAGAAGUUAGGA